AUGGAAAAUUCACCAUGUAGUGCAAAAUCAAAUUCACAGUCAGAAAAGGAGGAGGAGAAGUCCAAUGAGAGUAACUAUUUUCUUAAAGAUAGUGAUGUACAUUGUCAACAGGGGACUUCUUUGAUGAAGAAUGCUAUGAUAGAGGGUCCUUCAGUCAAUAUUGGUGCAGAUUUGCCUCAAGCGGAAGCCCUGAUUUCUGUAGUGCAAAAGAGAAAGCGGAAGAGAAAGCGGAAGAGAGCAAGGAGUAGUGCCCCGAUUAUAAAUAAUUUAGAGCCUGAUUUUAGUGAUAAUACAGAAUCAGUUCCAGUGGAAUCCCGACCUAAUGUAGUGAUGAAGAGGAGUCAUGCCCCAAAAAUUGGUGAUUUCAAUCCAGAUUGUUUGAAGAGUGCUCUUUCAUCAGAGAAUAUUACCCCUGAAAACAAUUCUUGCGUGCAGUAUUCAGGUAGAGAUGUACAUCAUGAUUCUCCACUUGGGGCUUACACACUGCUGGAGGAGCCUUCAAUCAAUGUUAUUUCAGAUUUGGUACCAGCAGAGUUACCACCUCAUGUAAACUUGAAUAGAAGGAAGAGAAAGAAGAAGAAAGCUACGAUAGGUGCUGCCCCAGAACCUGAAAAUUCAUGCCUGGCCUCUUGUGCUGGAAUUUGCUCAACACCAAAUUCAGAAAAGGCCAAACAGCAUGCAGAUUUGCCUAGCUUACGAAGAAAGAAGAAAAGGAAGCAGAAUGAAUGGAGGAAAAUCGAUGAGACUGACAGUAAUGAUAGAAGUUGUGAAAGUCCUAGAACAAAUGAGGAGCUGAGUUGCUCACAAGGAAAGAUGAAAAAUAAGCCAACGAAAAUGUCUAAAGCCCAUGAGAAUAGUUAUAAAAGUUGCGAUCUUUCUGUUGGUACUUCAUUAGUGGAAAAUAUUAUGCCAACAGUAGGUCCAUCUCUACAGCCUCCUGUCACAGAAUCUUUAGAACAAGAGCUGGCAGUGGCACAAUCACCUGUGGAGGGAAUUAGCACAAAAACAAACUCAGAAAGUUCUGAACUCAUUGCAGAUUUGAGUUGCUCAAGAAAAAAGAAGAAAAAGAUUCAGAAGGAAAGGUGUAAAACCCAGGAGACUAAUGAUGAAAGUUGUGGUAAUGAUAAAAUAUGUGAUCUUUCUGUUGGUACUUCUUUAGUGGAAAAUAUUAUGCCAGGAAUAGAUCACUCUCAACAGCCUGCAGUCUCAGAGUUCUCAGAACAAAAACUAGAAUUGCCACCACCACUUAUGGAGGGAAUUAGCACUAAGACAAAUUCAGAAAGUUCUGGACCUUUUGCAGAUUCGAGUUGCUCAAGAAAAAAGAAGAAAAAGCUUAAAACCCAUGAGAGUAAUGAUAGAAGAUGCAAGCUUUCUGUUAGUACUUUAGUGGAAAAUAUUAUGCCAGGAACAGAUUCCUCUCAACAGACUCCAGUCUUGGAAUUCAGAGACCAAAAGCUAGAAUUGCCACAACCACUUAUGGAGGGAAUUAGCACGACGGCAAAUUCAGAAGGUCCCGAACCCAAUGCGAAUUUGAGUUACUCACAAGAAAAGAAGAAAAAGAAUUGGAAGAGAGGACAUAAAACCCAUGAGAGUAAUGAUAGAAGAAGUAAUCCUUGCCUUGGUACUUCUUUAGAAGGAAAUAUUAUUCCAGGAGCAGAUUUGUCUGUACAGCCUCCAGUCGCAAUAUUCUCAGAACAAGACCUAGAAGUGGAACAACCACUUGUGGAGGGAAUUGGAAAAAGAAAAAAUUCAGAAAGUCCCAAACCCAUUGAGGAUUUGAGCUGCUCGCAAAAAAUGAAGCAAAAGAAUGGGAAGAAAAGGCGUAAAAUCUGUGAGAGUAAUGAUGAAAGUUGCGAUCCUUCAGGUGAUACUUCUUUAGUGGAAAACAUUAUUCCAGGAGCAGAUCCAUAUCUACAGCCUCCGCUUGCAAUAUUAUCAGAACAAGAGCUAGAAGUGCCACAGAUACUUUUGGAGGACAGUACUUUUCAGGAGAAGAAUGAGGACAAGGAGCAGAACAAGAGAUCCAAUGCCUCAGGAAAUAAUGACACUGACCACGAUAUUUGUGCAGGCUUGCCUUGCCAAGUUUUAAUAGAUGUUAAAGCUGAUGAAAACAAUAAUGAUAAUUCUCUUUCAGAAGUUUCAAAGUUGGACCCUACGAAUAUACAAGAUAUUACUGAUAUAGAACAGACAGAAACCAAGACUGAAGUUCCUUCCUUGCCACCUUUGGCCGUAAAUGUGAAGGAGGGUAAUCUUUCACAGAUAUCAGACUGUGCAGCUGAAAGAUCUCUUGUUAGCUGUUCUAAGAAAAAGCUUCUCAUUCUUGAUAUAAACGGCCUUCUUGCUGAUAUUGUCUCACAGGAAUGUCAUAUCCUUAAGCAAUAUAAACCUGACAUAACAGUAUCAAGGAAAGCAGUUUUUAAGAGGCCUUUUUGUGAUGAUUUUCUACAGUUCUGCUUUGACAGAUUCAAUGUGGGUGUUUGGUCUUCAAGAACCAAGAAGAACGUGGACAUGGUGAUAGAUUUCCUCUUGGGAGAUUCCAGACACAAAUUGCUCUUUUGCUGGAACCAAUCCCAUUGUACUACUACGAGGUUCAAUACCAUUGACAACACAGAUAAGCCCCUUGUUUUGAAAGAACUAAGAAAAUUAUGGGAGAAGCAUGACCCUAAUCUUCCAUGGGUGAAGGGAGAGUACAAUGAAUCAAACACAUUGUUACUGGAUGAUUCCCCGUACAAGGCUUUACGCAAUCCAGCGAACACGGCAAUAUUUCCAUACUCAUAUGAAUGCAGGGACAGAAGAGAUGCAUCAUUAGGACCUGGAGGUAAAAUUCGUUCUUUUCUAGAAGGAUUGGCUAUGGCUGACAAUGUUCAAAAGUAUGUGGAGCAGCAUCCAUUUGGUCAACGACCGAUAACAAAGUCAAGUCUUUCGUGGGGUUUUUAUCGUAGAGUAAUAGAGGAUGAAGUAGAGUCGCCUAAAGAUUGA